AUGACAGAGCCCUGUAAAGCUACUUCGUACCCAACGGAGGCAGAGCUCCAGACGUUGACCCAACGUCUUCAUACUCGACUAACAACAAGAGGUCGAGCAUCUCUGACGAGGCGUCAAGUGCGGGUGCUGCUUCAAGACGUGGUGCUCGUCGCCUCUGGACUUCGACCAUCGUGUCUUGUGGACUGCUGUGCACUGACGACAAAGCAGACAACGAUCGUGCUAGAGGUUCUCCAGAACGAGACCAACUCGGGUCAAUGGCAAUGGCUUGAAACCAAGCACGUCCGGGCACUGCAGCUGGACGGCAACGUCUUUUUCGUGCACGUAACCGCGUUCGUGCAUGAGAAAAUGGUCGAGCUCGCAACGGAUGUGAACGAUCCCUUGGUCGUGAAUGUCAAUGCCAACCUCUCUCGUCCUCAACUCGUCAGCAAAAAAAGCUCCGCAACGAGCAGGUCCAGAGCGAAAGCAUUUGCGAAGUGGACGGUCUCCGCUUGCAAGGACCUCCUCUUGUCGACGAAUGAACUUGGUGUCCUCGAGUGGAAACGACCGUCGACGUUAGCUGCUACGGCAGUAGCUGGUCGGUUGUUAUGCUACCCGUACGUGUACGACACUUUGGAAGCUGAUGAGAGCAACAAGGUCGUGGAAAUGGACACCUGGAGCGCGCAGGACAAUUGUCUCGGCCUGUGUCCUCUCUGGCUGCUGAAGACUACAAUUGCCAUACCUUCGCAGCAACUGGAAAUGGUGCUACAGGAGUUCUCCAUACCUCAACAUCUACUCGACAAAGGUGACGCGUUUUGCAUCGACCGGGGAUCAAGACGAGACGGUCGUUCACUAUCACCGCUUCUGAAGGUCCUUCGAGCUCGUUGUCAAUUGAAGUUGCAGCGUGCUAGUGACCAAAGUCGGUGGACAACAAAGGACGUCCAGGUUCAAGUUCGUGUUGAAGGUCGGACCCUCCACCGCGUCGCUCUCUGA